AUGCAAUGCAAACCCGAAGGCAGCCCAUAUCCCUUUAUCACCCUCAUCGGCGCUCAUGGGUAUGGAUACGGCACCCACGAGCCCAUCAGCCUCGACGGCCUCCUCUUCCGCCAAAUCACCGAAGAUUUCGGGCUGGCAAGUACUGGCGAAGAAGUGGCUCAGUCGAUUCACGGAGUGUUUAACAGCUUCGUCGAGGAGCAAGAGGAAAGCGCCAACGGCCUCUCUAAAUCUCUGCUCAUCACCUUAUCCACGUCCAAGUCUCCAAUGAGGCAAUCGUUCCUCUCAAUGAGAAUAAAUCUCGCCCAGAAGAACUGCUCCGUAACCUGCCUCCUUCUGGAAGACAAAAGGUCCGACCUCCGCCGGGUCGUCAACAACACCUUCGCCCCCACCAUCGGCGUCGACUGGCGGCACCCCCUGGCUUUCUUGGUCACGCUGCUCCAAGACAUCGGGCGCACAUCGGAAGAGAAGCGGGACAAGUUGGACGGGUACAUCGUCGAGGUCGAGAUGGAGACCAACACGUGCGUCCCGCCACCGCGGAAGGACCAGCCAGAAGUCCCCUUCACCAAGAGGGUCCGCUGGCCCAAGGACCACUACACGAGCAUGGGUCUCCUGCACAAGUGCAACAACCAGUUGGUCUUCGCCGCCAGGGCCGUCAACGAGGAGAUCGACGCGUGGAGGCAGUUGCAGCGCCUUCUGGAAGAUGCGAAGCCGAUGUGGGAGGGCGUGGGAGGGGUGGACAAGAAAAUCAGCGCCGCGAUGUCGAACACGGUCAAGUUUCAGCUGGCUCACACCAAGAGCAGGAAGACUCAGAUUCAGGGGCUGAAGGAGCGUGUUGCUGUGCAGAUUGACUUGAUUCACAACAUGACGGCGCACCAAGAGGCCUCGCAGACGACCAUGAUCGCCAUCGUAGCCUUGAUUUUCGCACCUGCGAGUUUGAUAGCUACGAUUUUCAGCGCCGGACUCUUCGCGACGGACGAUCACUCCUGGACCACCUACAUAGCGUCUACGGUCCCCAUCACCGUGGCCAUCUUCGUGCUCGGGCUCCAGUUCACGAAGCUCCGGCCGGUGCUUGCGAAAGGCUGGAAAGCCGCAGCUCGUCUGUUCCGACCUGAAGGGCGCCAUCGGCAGACCGAUAGUGAUCCGCACAAAAGUAGGGUCGACGUGAUCGCGGAAAGGGUUUAG